AUGGGGAAGAAGAAGAAGAGGGCAUCGUCGAAGAUGUGGUGCUAUUACUGCGACAGAGAGUUCGAGGAUGAGAAGAUAUUGGUGCAGCAUCAGAAGGCCAAGCACUUCAAGUGCCAUGUAUGCCACAAGAAGCUCUCCACCGCCGGUGGCAUGGUCAUUCACGUCCUCCAGGUUCACAAAGAGACCGUCAACAAGGUGCCAAAUGCAAAACCUGGUAGAGAAUCAACUGACAUUGAAAUAUAUGGAAUGCAAGGGAUCCCCCCUGACAUCCUGGCAGCUCACUAUGGAGAGGACGAUGAAGAUGCCCCAUCAAAAGUGGCCAAAGUAGAUAUACCUCCCACUCAGACAGUUGGUGGUGUAGUGCCAGGAUCAUUAGGUGUUGGAUAUCCUCCUCAAUCAACUUUUGGCAUGAUGCAGUCAGUUUAUAAUCCAGCAUUACCAGUUCGUCCUGCUGGUUGGCCAGUUCCACCUCGGCCCCAACCUUGGUAUCCGCAGUAUCCAGCUGUCUCAGUUCCUCCAUCUGCACCACUGGGAAUGGCACAACAGCCUUUAUUCCCUGUACAGAAUGUGAGGCCACCUAUGCCGGCCUCUGCACCGCCUGCUCCUCCCCCGUCAUUGCCGAUUGCUCCUCCAGGACUGCCCUCGUCUUUGCCUUCAUUUCCUGUCUCUCAACCAUUGUUUCCCGUAGUUGCAACUAGCAAUAUACCUACUCAAACUUCACCUUUUUCUGGACCUUUGCUCUCAACUAGUAUCCUGUUAACCUCUCCUACGGAACUCAAAACCUCACUUGACCUGCAUACUAGCAACAAUGUUUCUGUGGCAAGUAGCUACAACAGCCCAGGCAUUCAAGUUGGGACACCGGUCAAUUCACAUUCGUAUGCCUCUGGUCCAAAUACUGGCGGUCCUUCUAUUGGACCGCCUCCUGUGAUUGCAAACAAAGCUCCUGCUACCCAGCCAGCCACAAAUGAGGUCUAUUUAGUUUGGGAUGAUGAGGCAAUGUCGAUGGAGGAAAGAAGAAUGUCCUUGCCGAAAUAUCAGGUUCAUGAUGAAACUAGCCAGGUAAGUUAUAACUACCUUGUACGACUAUUCUUUAAGAGGAAUAUGGAGUUGCUUUGCACAUCUAACCAGAUGGGUAGACGUUACCUUUUGUGAUUGUCAGAUUCGGUUGUUUACACAUUCUUUCAUAUUUACAAAGGCAAGCAAUCCCACCAAUUUUGUGGUCAUCAAAGGUUCAAGUAGGUAUUUACAUUAUCUUUGCUCUUAGUUAGUAAUUACAAUUGUGACAAGCUCGCUGCGAUCAACUCGAGGAUUCUCAACUAGCUUCAUACUCGGUUAAGCAAAGAGUAUGUAUUUGCUCUUGGAAAUUUUUAUUUGUUUACUAUUUUCUUGUUCUCCCUGUGAUUGAUCAUGGAGUGUGGGGGUUUGAUUAGAAUGAGAAAAUUACCCAACAGAUAUUUUCCCCUUCAUGCCAUUCUUGCAAUAUAUUUUAUGAUCGAACAGUUAAUUCAAAGUUUUCCCAGGUCAGCUUCUUUGGUAUCUUUUGCAUAAAAACAAAAUGUAUUAUCUAACUGGUACAUAGAUUGUGAUUUGUGGUCAUGGUUCUGUUUUAAUUUUCUAUAAUGGGGUUCCAUUUUUCAGAUGAGUUCAAUUGAUGCCGCCAUCGACAGAAGGAUAUCAGAAAGCAGGCUUGCUGGCCGUAUGGCUUUUUAGACUGUCUGGUAGCCGUGUCUGUAUUACCAGGAUUCUUUACCAGAUGAGAAGUCCUAUAACUUUCAGGGAGCAAAUCGUGAUUUCAGUUAUUGCUUCUUGUGCUAGGGUGACGGGUCUUUGUCUUAGCUCCUUCAAUUCUAUGUCGUAUUCUUUUUAAAUGAAAAAAAAAAAUCUAGGGGAGACAUUUUUGACCAUGAGCUAAUGGGUCCAAAGAAAUUAACAUCAUUUUAUGGUUAUUGGGAUUUUGUGAUUAUACAUAACUGUUAGAAUGUUCCAUCUUUUUGUGUGGGUGUCCGGUGUCCUUCCCUUCUGCCACCAUCCCAAACAAACGCACACAAAAUAUUGGAAUGUUAUUGGUUUUUCUGUUUGUUAUGUGCACCGAGUGGAUAUAUGAAUUGUUAUUUUGUACUAGCUGUAUGGUAUUUGCCUCUAGAAAAUUGACCUCUUGUAGUUUUCAGUG